AUGAAGCGGAAAAUUGUAAAUUACAUCAAGUCACUCGAUAUGUAUGGUUAUGAGGUGAAGCUCUUAUUUGAGGGAGGUGGUACUAAGAAAAGUAUGUUUGGUGGGUUGGUAACUGUUUUCUCAAUGGGGCUUUUGUUCGGGUUAUUUGGAUUUCAAAUUCUGGACAUAUUAAAUUACAAAUCUGUCUACAAAGAAACUAUAGUUGAAUUGGAUAAUUUCGUUCAAUCAGCAGUUCUAAAUCAAGAUAAUUUUGACACAGCCCUAAUAAUUAAUUACCCAGAUUACUUAUCAUAAUAUAGUUUAGAUGAAAAUAUCAACAGAUAUAACAAGACACAUUUCUUGAACGAAACCUGGAAUUCAUCUAUUUAACUUUGCUUUGAUUUUGAUUAAAUUCAGUUUCAAUCAUUCGAUGAUAGAAUAACUUUUGAAAUAAAUAAUUUCGGACUCUCUAAUGCCUUUACCAAGGUGAUAAAGUAUACAGUGUAGAUAAAUAAGGCCAAUGAUGCCAUCUCUCGAAUAUACGAGAAAUUUCAACAACAAAGUUAUGAAUUUAAUUCUAUUACUCCUGCUACAAUUGAAAACAUUGAUAGAUCUGGUCCUGAUUCAUACAUGACUAUUACAUAUUCAUAAAGUUCAAAGCUAAUUAUGAUUUCUAGAUAAGUUAUCAAUAUUUUGCAGGCCUUAGCUAGCAUAGGUGGAUUAGCUGGAAUGUUCUUUGGACUAUUUGGUGGAUUAGUUAAGCCUCUCCAAGAGUUCCUGUUUUAUCAGGAAUUAGUCCAUUCUUCCUUUUUAGUUGAAAAGGACAAAGUCUAUUAAAAUAUGUUCAAAACUAUGGAUAUCAAAGGAUUAGCUAAGACUUCAAGUAAUAAAGAGGAGUAGUCUGUCAAGAAUAAUGACGAGGAUCAGGAUGCAUUAAAUCAAGAUAAAACUUGUGAAGAAUAUGUCGAUUACUCAAAGUUGAAACCUUACGAGUUUGAUACAUAUUUAAAAUUAGUAAAAGAAAUUUAAAACAGAGUACCUUUCCUCUAUUCUCCUUUUGAAAAGUUAAAAGAGAAAGUUUGCAAACUAUUUUGCUUAAAGAAAAAAUUCAUCUAAAAUGACCUAUUUCAAUUUGCGAAGAAAGAAUUAAACAAAUAAUUAGACCUAGGUAUAGUAUUAGAAGAGGUGAAGUAAUUUAGAAUGAUUAAAAAACUGCUACUUACUGAUUACUAAAGAAAACUGCUGCCUUAUCUCAAGAAGUCUCUUCUUAACAAAAAAUUUGAAAAAUCUCAAAAAUAAUAGCAAGCCAAAGAGAAAGGUAAUUAAUCUUAGAAUUAAAAUUCAAGCAAUCAAGAUGUGAGCAGACAAGUACAAUCUCAUUAAAAUUCAGAUAAUGUCAUAACAAAUUUCUUGAUUGAUCUAUUUGCAAACUAAGAGAAUAGCUAAAAUCCUUAUAAUGGUAUAAUACUUAAUAGUCUUUUUAACACAGAAGUAAGCUAUAAAACUCUUAAAUAAAAACUAUACUCAGGAUUACUGAGAAAGUUUAUAUUUGCUAAGCAAGAGUCAAAGGCUUAAUAGCCAAAGAAAAGAUUUUCCAGUCUAUUUUCAAAGAUCAUAUAGAAACCCACAUUGAAUACCAGCUAAGCCAGCAUAAGAUCACCUAUGAGGGUAAAAAGUCCAAAUAUGAUGGAUACGGGUAAUAUUGCAUUUAAGGAUCGUAUCAGUCUGAACAUCACCAAUAGCAAUAAGAAGAUGUCCAAUUUAGAUUAAACUCAUUGUGAGUUUGAAAGUGAAUCUAAGCAGAAUAUCAAUUAUGGGUUAGAUCAGACUGAUUUAAGUAUAAAAAGUACUGCAUUCCAGUUUAAUGAUUUCAGCAGCAAGAGUAGAUUUACUCUCAAAAGGUAGAACAAUGAAAGAUUCUCUAGCUAUCUCAAUAAUAUAUGA